AUGAAAAUCUUUGAAGAAGUUGAGCUCUGCUUUCCACAGAUCCUCAAUUCCUCCUGCAGGAAGUCCAUUCGACCUCACUCUUUAUCUGUACUCAUUUAUAUUACUCUGUCCUCCAUUGCUCUACUCACUGUGAUUCUUAAUCUGCUGCUCAUCAUCUCCAUCUCCCAUUUCAAGAAGCUGCACACCCCCACCAACCUCCUCCUCCUCUCUCUGGCUGUCUCUGAUUGCUUUGUGGGUCUCUUGAUGUUCUUUCAAAUUAUGAUCAUAGAUGGGUGCUGGUUCCUUGGUGACCUCAUGUGUAGUAUGCAUUUUCUCUUGAGCUACAUUAUUACCUCUGCCUCAGUAGGAACCAUGGUGCUCAUAUCAAUUGACCGCUAUGUGGCUAUUUGUUACCCUCUCCAUUAUUCCACCAAAGUCACUCCAAAAAGAGCAAAGGCCUGUGUUUAUCUGUGUUGGAUCUGUUCUUCACUCUUCCAGUGUCUGGUGUUGAAAGAUAAUCUGGUGCAACCAGGCAGGUAUAAUUCCUGCUAUGGAGAGUGUGUAGUUGUUGUUGGUCAUGCUUUUGGAGUUGCAGAUCUUUUGCUGUCCUUUGUUGGGCCUGUCAUUGUGAUUGUAGUUCUUUAUCUUAGAGUUUUUGUUGUGGCUGUGUCUCAAGCUCGCGCCCUGUGGUCUCAUUUUGCAGCUGUGACACAUGAGGGGUCAGUAAGUACAAAUGUUAAGAAAUCUGAAAUGAAAGCAUUACGGACUAUCAGUGUUCUUAUUAUUGUGUUUCUAAUAUGUCUGUGUCCAUAUUAUUGUGUUACAGUCUCAGAUCAAGAUGCCAUGCUCAGUGGUUCAUCUGUUACAUUUGUAGUAUGUCUGUUCUAUUUAAACUCCUGUAUAAACCCUCUGAUCUAUGCUUUGUUUUACCCCUGGUUCAGAAAAUCUGUUAAACAAAUUGUUACACUUGAAAUACUCAAGUCUGGAUCCUGUGAGGCCAACAUCAUGUAA